UGGUUAGGGUUAAGGUUAGGUUUAAAAUCAGAUUGUAAGAAGAUACAUUUUAGAAAUAGGAGGGGUUUAUUGCUUUGUGGUUGUGGUAAAUAGGGACGACCGUCUGUGUGCGCUGUCAGAUUAGAGUUUAAUCCGUGGGGUUACGGUCAGAACGGGAACAAUAGCUAGUUACACCUGGAACAGGGCUCGAUAACCGCGAGGAAACGCUGGUUUAAAAGCGACAGGUUUUAUGGAUGAGUCAUCUAAGUAAAUCCAAGCAAUUUGAUGAUGAGGUUACUGACUAACGUUUAUAUUAGCAUUCAAAUGGAUUGCAAGUGAUUUGUCAAUUUUAUACCCAGCUAGUUUGCUAGCUAACUCUUAAAUUCGAAUUAAGUUUAUCCACUAAGUAAAUAGUGAAGACUUUUGCUACACGGGACAAUCACCACUUCUCUGUUUUCUAUGGUCCAUAUCAAUUUGUGACAUUUUGACACGGAUUAACGCUGUUAGUAAUCGAACCUAAUCAAAUCAAUCCUCUCGGAAAGAAAACAAAUCUCUAUUCACUCUCAUAACUUCAAGACGGAGUAACCAGCUAGCGCUGCAAACUAGCUAGUAAGACUAGCUCAUCAAACUUGGUCCUGAGUGGAGACCAGACGGAACUAACAUGUCUGGAAAAGACAAAGACAAGGAGAACGCCGGAGAAAAACAAUCUACAACUGAGCGGCUCGUAAAAGCCGUGCCGUACCCUCCCCAGCAGCGUCUCUCUAUGAAGGAGCUGUUUGAGGAUGGCAAGCCCAACGCGGAGACGCUCCGCACCCACCUAGUGAAGGAGGGCCGGCUGGAGGAAGAGGUGGCCCUCCGGGUCAUCAACGACGGCGCCAACAUCCUGAGACAGGAGAAAUGCAUGCUGGAGGUAGAGGCACCCAUCACAGUGUGUGGAGAUGUCCACGGCCAGUUCUUUGACCUAAUGAAGCUGUUUGAAGUGGGAGGCUCGCCCAGCAACACACGUUAUCUUUUCCUUGGAGACUACGUAGACCGAGGCUACUUCAGUAUUGAGUGUGUGCUGUACCUCUGGUCACUCAAGAUCAAUCACCCGACCACACUCUUCCUCCUGCGAGGGAACCACGAGUGCCGGCACCUCACAGAGUACUUCACCUUCAAACAGGAAUGUAAGAUCAAGUACUCAGAGCGCGUGUACGAUGCCUGCAUGGAAGCCUUUGACUGCCUGCCGCUCGCUGCUCUCCUCAACCAACAGUUCCUGUGUGUACAUGGUGGGCUCUCACCAGAAAUCAACUGCCUAGACGACAUUAGGAAAUUAGACAGGUUUAAGGAGCCUCCAGCAUUCGGCCCGAUGUGUGACCUGAUCUGGGCUGACCCAGGAGAGGACUACGGCAGUGAGAAGACAACAGAACACUUCAACCACAACUCUGUUCGAGGCUGCUCCUACUUUUUCAGUUACCCGGCAGUAUGUGACUUUUUGAUAAAUAAUAACUUGCUGUCGGUAAUUAGAGCACACGAAGCACAGGAUGCAGGGUAUCGGAUGUACAGAAAAAGCCAGACUACAGGCUUUCCUUCAUUAAUUACAAUCUUCUCAGCACCAAAUUACCUAGAUGUAUACAACAACAAAGCUGCUGUAUUAAAGUAUGAGAACAAUGUGAUGAACAUUCGGCAGUUCAACUGCUCCCCCCACCCCUAUUGGCUGCCCAACUUCAUGGACGUCUUCACCUGGUCUCUGCCCUUUGUCGGAGAGAAAGUGACAGAGAUGCUGGUGAAUGUGCUGAACAUCUGCUCAGAUGAUGAACUCAUGUCAGAAGGAGACGACCUGUGUGAAGAAGAUGGUGGAAUCCCAGCAGUGCGCAAGGAGGUGAUCCGGAACAAGAUCCGAGCCAUCGGGAAAAUGGCCAGAGUCUUCUCUGUUCUCAGCUAUUCAAGGCUUCUCUCCCACGAGGAAGAUCAAGGACUUUGCGGAGGCGCAGAGCCUGGACAAAGUCAACGAGAGGAUGCCUCCACGCAAGGAUGGCCAGCAGCCGGUCAACCCAAAUGCCCCCAAGAAUGGCACAGACUAGGCCCGGAGAGUGACCCCCCUCUCAUCCUCACCAGACACAGGCCAUGGCCCUGUCUCAUACACCAAAACUAUCUUCUCUCGCUCUCUGUUUUCUAUCUCCCUCAUUCUCUCUCUCUAUCUCUCUAUCUCUCUAUCUCUCUAUCUCUCUAUCUCUCUCUCUGUCCCAUUGUGACUCUUCACCCAGCUGGCCUAUAGUUGGACAAGCACAGGACAUGUAGGUAGGGAAGACACCACCACACUGGGAGAAUGGUUUCAGCCACCACAGAGUACAACCAUGAAAAUAAACAAAAAACCAUUUUAUUUAUUAAUUGAAUAAUAUUAGGUAUAUUAUGUAAUGCUACAAUUGAAUGAACACAUACAUUUCUAAGAUGUUCAAAUAAGCAUAUAACUAUGGUAAAUGUCAAAGAUAAAGACCAUUUUGUAAAUUUGAGUUGAGGAUUGAGGUAGCUAGUAAAGGAGACCUUAUCCUUUAUUAGUCAAUGCAAGUGUUAAUACUGUUAUUUUAUGUGCUUUGCAAGGGAAGGUUGACUGAAUCUACAGAUAUACAUGUUGUCCAUUUAAAAAAAAAAAUGUGUUAAGUAGAGAGAAAUAAUGAAGGGAACGAUUUGACACCAUUGCAGAAGAUUAUUUUAUACCUCCAGCAGAAGUUCAGUAGAACUGUUUUGUUCUUUCGUCCAAUUUCUUUGGUAAAAACCUUGAAACCACUGAAUGCUAUUUAUGCUGCUUUGGGUCAACUUGUUGCUCCUAUAUUUUAUCGUUAGGUUAAACAGGAUUUAAUUUGACAGCCUUUAGUCAAUCCUUGAGAAACUGCACAGAAUUUCCAAAUGAUAAUGUCAAAGAAUGGGAAAAAAAGACCAUGACAGAAUUGAUCCUAGUUUGCUACGAUCAUUGAUGCGAUGUAUCAAUGGGCGGUGAUUAGUUUUUCUAGUGCUAGGUGUUCUAAAUAGUGUUUUGAUAGUUGUUGUUUGCAAGCUGUCACUAACCAACCGUUACUAACAGUGUGUUUAACUGAGGUCAGUUGGGGGGGGUUUAUAUAAUACAUACACUGUGUGUACAAAACAUUAGGAACACCUUCCUAAUAUCGAGUUGCACCCCCUUUUGCCCUCAAAGCAGCAUCAAUUCGUCGGGGCAUGGACUCUACAAGGUGUUGAAAGCGUUCCACAGGGAUGCAGGCCCAUGUUGACCCCAAUGCUUCCCACAGUUGUGUCAAGUUAGCUGGAUGUCCUUUGGGUGGUGGAUCAUUGUUGAUACACAUGGGAAACAGUUGAGCAUAAUAAACCCAUCAGUGUUGCAGUUCUUGACCCACUCAAGCCGGUGCGCUUGGCACCUAUAUUACCAUACUCUGUUCAAUCCAUGUCUCCGUUGUCUCGAGGCUUAAAAAUCCUCCUUUAACCUGUCUCCUCCCCUUCAUCUACACUAAUUUGAAGUGGAUUUACAAGUGACGUCAAUAAGGGAUCAUGGCAUUCACCUGGUCAGUUUAUGUAAUGGAAAGAGCAGGUGUUCUUAAUGUUUUGUACAUUCUGUGUGGAUAUUCUGCAAAGGCUAAGUUUGAUUCAAAAGGGAUAUAGGCCGACAGUAUGUAUUGAAGACAGCCACCAGUACCUUGGGUGUGUGGUGCCCCCAUUUGGUUAGCUUUUCUGGGACAUUGAGCGGGGAGCGGCCUACUAUUGUUGAGUGAUGUGCUGAAUGUGGAAGGAAGAAAGUCCUCUUGGUGAAGAAACAUACUAAACACAAGGGAAGAACAACCAGUGGGGUCGUCUUCUCAAUGACCUCCGUGACAAGAUGGUGGAGAAAUCUUUCCCAUGGAGCAAAUGGUAACGCCACAGAUAUGUCCCUAAAAUGAACUGAAACUUCUUCGUGUUCAUUAUUUUAUGUUUUAAGAUACAAAUUUCUCUGUUGAAAUAAUAAUGACGCUUAGUUUGAUUUCAUAUUGCUUUCCUUGUCAACGCUACAUAAAGGAAAUAUUUGGGGCGUUUCUUGACAAACGCUAUGUCAAUGUCUCCAUCUACUGUUGAUUUGAUGCAGAUGCGUUCAAAUGACUCCAAUGUUGGAAACGUAAGGGAAAGCUGGCCUCAAUUGGCUCCAAUUCAAUGUUUUAGUUGCUAGCAGUUUGAGGAAAGCAGUACCCUGAAGAGGAGUGGAUUGAGUCAUCCAGUGAGACGCUGUGAAGAUUGAUGUUAUCUGAAUUUCCAUUCUCUUUAGUGGCUCUUUGUCCAUCCUAUGAGUUAUCUCCCCCUAUGACAGUUUUCACUAUCUGUGGUAGAAUCAAAGCUGUGGACCUACAGUGUCUCUACAUUGAUCAUGUAGUAAUGUCUGAUGGUUCUUCUGAAUUAAUUUGAUUGUGAGUAUUAUAUGGUCUUAACAUAUACAUAGUAAUUGUUCCUCCAUGGCAGGAACUGACCCUCCAUGGCAGGAACUGACACUACUUUUAUAACACCCGCUCUCAACCCUUUAAGGUUUGACUUGAUUCUUUAGGACUUGUGACUUAAUGAACCGGUGCUUAGUUUUAGCCCUAGAUUUUUGGGGGCUACAACUGCUUGUCUGACACUCCUCCCGUCGCGCCACAUGUAGUUAUUCUAUUGUGUUUUAUCAUUCAAGAAGAGCUUUUAAGAUUUUUAUUCUCAUGUGAAUUUUCCCUUUUAUAAUAUAUAUUGUAAGGCUUUUAAACGAGUUGCAUUCAAUGUGCCAUGCCACUACCAAAACACACGCCAACACCUGUGUGUGACUGGUGAGGAGAAGGGAAAUCAGAAUGUCCCUUUUCUUGUGUUCAGCAGUGGUCAUGGAGAGAUCUUGGCGCCUGUUUCAGCUCGACAUGGGUCAGGUUUAUCUGAGUUGUGUCACGGCCCAGAUACUUUUGUUUUGUAUUUAAAUGUGAUUUGUUUCUCUUCCCUGUAUUGUGCUCCGAGUUAGGGGAUGUACAGGCCCCGUAGGAGGGCCGUAUUUCUCACCUCUUGCCAGUUUCUAAACAUAUCUCGAAUGUACAAAAAUAUUUGUAAUUUAAAGUCUCUUAAUAGCUGUAAAAAAAGGGUGAGGAAAAAUAAGUCCAGUGCUUGUCAUGCGAGGCCAUGAAAUCUAUGUAGAUGUAUCACUUAAAAAAAUAAAAUUUAAAUGAAAUGUU